GGAAGCGUCCCACUUCGCAUCUCCGGGGGUUGUUUAUACUCCACCCAGGAACUACAGGAGCAGGGACGGAUAGUUGGAGACGCGCAUACAGCGUUAUAGUCAGAUACGUUGCUACUAUUAUUUUGCUGCAACAGACGCACGCUUCAGAGUCUCUCUUGGCUCAAAUUAUCUUACUGACAUCUUUCUGACAGAAAGAGAUAAAGGAAUUUAUUUGGCGUCAUCUGGUGGCCAUCAGCGACACAAUGUUGUUGAACUGAAAGUCUUGGAAUGUGCCAAAAAGGUCACGAGGGAUUACUACUAUACUUGGGAGUACUGUAUCCCUAGACGGGCUGAAAUCCUGGAGUUUAUUCCCCUUCGCAGUCUGGACCAGCCAAAGAUCCUGUGGAAUCGCACAGACUCUCAGAUCAGACAAAGCAGGGCAUGGGUGGAAAAACAUAAAUGAGAGCUAUCUUAUCUCACUCAGGCAGACAGUGGCUGCUACAGCUUGACCAGGGUGCAGCACAAGGUGAUGUGAAAUUUCUGCAUUUUACCAGAUUAAAUGUUCCUAUGAAGUCUGAUCUGUGUCACUAACAGAACUAACACUUUACUUGAAUGCAAAGACAAAUGAGCACUUCGUCGUUCCAUAGCCUCAGGCCAUUAAGAUGUGGGCUGUGACUUUUACGCCUCAAGGGGAAAUGGAACCCAGAACACUGAUGAAUGGCAGUCUGAUCAUAAAAGAUAAUUGGUUCUUUGACAGAAUUUGGACAGUCAUGGAUGGCAUAGAAAUGAAUGCUGUAGAAACAAUAGACUCUGGCACCUUGGAGUUCAGAGACCCAGAAGGCGACCUGGCCUUGAGUGCACAGCUUAACGCGAAUCGAGCAUUUAUGUCAGAGAGUACAUUACCCACUGUUAUUGGCUUGGUUGCCAUCAUUGUGAUCAUCUGCAUUUGCUGGUGUUGUAAAAUGAACUGCAAGUCUUCUCCUCAGACUCAGACUGAAGGCUCACCUGAGCCUAAUGUAUAUUGUCAUGAUCAGGAUCAACCUACAGGUCAGCGUUAUUCUGGUGAACCACCUCCUCCAUAUUGGUCCUGUCAGCCCAUGAAUUUUCAUGUUCCUGAACAACCUACGGGUACCUCGUCUGAGCCACCGGCAUAUCAUGAAGUAAGUAUCCAUGUGAACCCAUUUGAGCCUGAGGUUGCACUUCCAGGAAGGUGGAAUUCCACUCCACAUCCCCCAGUCAGCUCAGACCCCCUGCUCUCAACCCAGGAACCACACUUUGAUCUGGAAGGAGUAACAGUUCCCUCUGCACCUUCUCUUAGUUCAGAGUUUUAGAGCUUAACCCUAGAACACUAUCGCCGGGUGAUUUACACCCGAGCAAAUACAUUUACAUGAUUUCUCUCUCCUGCAGCUGUUUGCGUGUCGAGGAGCCUGUGCCUUCACCAGGGAAGUCUCAAA